AUGGCGGACUUCAAGCUUCGCUGCGAACUGAGGGGUCACCUUGAAGAUGUGCGAUCGGUCUGCAUCACUCCAGAAGGGAACGUGCUGACGGGCUCUCGAGACAAGACGAUCAAGCUGUGGGCGCCCGAUGGCCACGACAGCGGGUUCAGCGAGGUUCUGACGCUGGUGGGCCACACCGACUUUGUGUCGGCGCUGGCGUACUUGGCGCCUGGCGUGCUGGAGGGCUGCCCCAAUGGCGGCGUGGUGUCGGGCUCGCGGGACACCACGGUGCAGGUGUGGGACCUGAAGACGGCGGCCGUGGUCCAGCGCCUGGAGGGGCACCAGUACCAGGUGACGGCGGUGCUGGUGACCCCAGACGGCGACAUUGUGUCGGCGGCGCUGGACAAGAGCAUCCGGGUGUGGCGCGGCGGGCAGUGCGUGCAGGUGCUGGAGGGCCACGAGGCGGCCGUGCUCUGCCUGCUGCAGCUGCCAAACGGCGACCUGCUGUCGGGGUCGGGCGACUGCACCAUCAAGGUGUGGUCGGGAGGAAAGUGCACCCACACCAUCGCCGCCCACAGCGACUCUGUCAGGGGCCUGGCGCUGCUGCCCGGCGUGGGCGUGGUGUCUGCCUCCCACGACCAGACCCUCAAGGUGUGGACCUUCAGCGGCGAGUGCAUCGCGGAGCUGGUGGGGCACACCUCUCUGGUCUACUGCGACGCCGCCACCCCUGACGGGCUGGUGGCCAGCGGCAGCGAGGACAACACCGCCAAGCUGUGGCACGCCGACGGCACCUGCCUGCAGACCAUUGAGCACCCCAGCAACCUGUGGGGCGUGGCCUUCCUGCCCAACGGCGACUUUGUGACCGCCUGCUCCGACCAUGUGGCCUAUGUGUGGACGCACGCAGCAGAGCGGCACGCGCCCGCUGCAGUGGCGCAGGCAUACGAGGAGGCGAUGGCGGCCAAGCACGAGGCCGCGCAGCAGGCGCAGCAGGCCAGCGCCGGGGGCGGGCUGCCCGCGGGGCUCAAGCUGGAGGACCCUUCGGUGCUGCUCAUGCCGGGGGCGCGGGAUGGGCAGACCAAGGUGGUGCAGGAGGGCAGCGCGGGGGUGGCCUACGCCUGGGAUGCCGCCAAGGGCGAGUGGGAGCGGAUUGGCGAGGUGGUGGGCGGCGACGGCGACGGCGACAACGUGGCUGGCGGCGGCAGCAAGUGGCACAAUGGCCAGCUGUGGGACUAUGUGUUUGAUGUGGAUGCCGAGGAGGGGGCGCCGCCCCGCAAGCUGGCGCUCAACCGCGGCGACAACCCAUACGAUGUGGCCGACCGCUUCCUGGAGGACCACGGCCUGCCGCAGAGCUACAAGGAGCAGGUGGUUGAGUUCAUCCUGAGGAACACGCAGGGCGGCGUGCAGGCAGCGGCGGCGGGGCAGUACGUGGACCCCUUCACGGGAGCCUCCGCCUAUGUGCCCCCGGCCACCAGCGGCGGCGCGGGCAGCGGCGGCGCGGGCGGCAGCAGCAGCGGCGGCGGCGGGUAUGCGGUGACGGGCGGCGGCGCCGACCCGUUCACUGGCGGCGGCGCAGCCCCGCUCACCCACCUGCCCGCCAAGAGCUACCUGGUUUACGACCAGGUGCCCGGCAGGGACGGCAUCCGCAGAAAGGUUGCGGAGUUUAGCGCGGCGGUGGCUGCGGGCGGCGGCCAGGCCCUGUCAGACGCUGAGCUGGCAGAGGGCGGCACCCUGGACAGCUUGCUGAGCAGAGCGGCGGCGGCGGCCGGCAGCAGCGGCAGCGGCGCCCUGCCCGACGCUGACCUGGCAACGCUGUCCAAGAUGCUGAGCUGGCCGGCGGCGCAGCUGUUCCCAGCCCUCGACCUGGCCCGCCUCCUAGUGCUGGACCGCGCCGCGGGAGGGCAGCUGGUGGCUGCGGCCGGCCCUGCGGCGGCUCAAGGCGUGCCCGGCCUGCUGGGCGCCGCUGUCUCUGCCGCCUAUGCCGACCCGCCGGUGCCUGCGGCGCAGCAGACGGCGGUGCGCCUCGCCUGCAACUGCUUCCUGCACCAGCCCACGCUGUUCUGGGUGCAGUCGGCGGGCAGCCGCCUGCUCGACUGCUUUGCGCAGGCCGCGGGCUCGCCCUCCAAGAAUGUGCGGCAGGGCCUGGCCACGCUGCUGGUCAACUAUGCGGUCUGGCUGUGCAAGCUGGCCAGCGCGGAGCUGGAGUUUAAGAGCAGGCUGCUGGUGCUGGCUGUGAAGGUGCUGAAUGCCAGCCCCGCCGACGACACGGAAACGCGGUUCAGGGCGCUGGUGGCGGUGGGCACGCUGGCCGGCGAGCACAGCAAGGUGCGGGGUCUGGCCCGGGAGCUGGGCUUCCUCCCCCUCACAGGCUCCCUCAAGACCGCGGGCGGCAAGGUGGGGGAGGUGGCGGCUGAGGUGGCGCAGAAGCUGCGGCUGUGA